AAUAGCACUAAAAUUAAAUGAACAAAGUUUGAUUGUUUCGACUUACGUUGUUAUUGCAAAGAGCUAUGAACGUGGAGACAUGGCUGACGUCGUUAAAUAUUAUAUUUUCUUGACCAUUAUUUAUCACUGCGAUGCGGCAACUUUCAAGGAACAAUUGGAUCAUAUACUGACACGACGCCAAGAAAGCUUUGGAAAAUUCGACAAUAAUCUAAGAAGAUACAGCCACGGUCGUGAUGUAUCUAGCAUACUUGGGGCACCAUCGUUACCAAGUCAUCUACCAGAAGCAGAACCGAUCCUACCUGGACACACCCUUAUAAGACCCGCUCUUGGGAUGCUAAAGUCAGCCGUCAAGUUCCCCCACAAAGACCUUGACAACGGUGCAGGGGUAUACGGAAAUGUCAAUAACUUGGGAAUCAGGUACGAUGGAAGAAAUGAAAAAGUUCUAUAUACAGGCUUUCGAAGAACUCCAGCAGAUUACAUUGUGUAUAUUGAAGAUUUAUCUAGCUAAACCAGUGUAUACUGGAAAUAAAAUUUCAAACAUGUCCAAUAAAUGCAACAAGAAUUCGCAACUCUACGGAAACUUUUCAUGGACUGGAAUAAAAUGUUAAAAGAAACCUCAAGGAAAGGCGACAGUAAAAAUAAUGACAAAUUCCCGUUGAGAACGGAAAUCAAGGAUUCGGAAUCGGCCGAAAAACAUCUGCAAGUGAACGAAGGGUUAUCGGAAGAAAUUAAUUCGAAAGAAAAAGAAAAUAAACACGAACUUUUUUGGAAUUCUAAAAACACAUUCACAAAUAUUAAAAUAAAUCAAGACGCCCCUGAUCUAACCGAGUUGAUGCCGUUAAACGCAACGCAAAAAUUACGGAAGUGGUGGUUUUAUCAUCAGGAAGAUUACAGGCCAUUUAAUGAAGACUGAUCUCCUAUGUAUAACUAAUAUAAAUAAACUAAAUAUAACUAAUAUAAAUAAACUAAAUUUAAACCUCUUACUA